AUGCCGCCGCGCCGCGGUAGAGGGAAGGGGAGGGGUAGGGCAAAGCCGAGAGCCAAGGCCACGGAGCCGGAGCCCGAGCCCGAGCUAGAGGAAGCCGUCGAGUCCGAGAUCGAGGCGGGGGACGCGAAGGCGGAGGAGGAGUCCGCCGCCGAGAGCGAGGACGCGAAGGAAGACGAAUCGGAGAGCGACGCCGAGUCCAUGGAUGCAGAGGCCAACGAGGAGGCCGGCGAAAACGGAGCGGACGAGAUGGAUGCGGAGCCUGAAGCCAAAGCCGGCGAGGCCAAGGCUGAAGCCGCAGCCACCGAGGCGGAGUCGAAACCUGACGCCUCGAAUGCCGAGGAUGAAGAGGGCGGUGAGACUGGCUCCGACCGCGAAGCAGAUGCAAAGGGUGCUGAUCCGAAGGCCAAAGCGGAAGAGUCCGACGGCGAGGAUGAGGAGGGAGCCGCCGCCGAGACCGACGGCGAGAGUGAAGAGGAAGCCGCUGAGACGGGCGGCGAGAACGAAGAGGACGGUGGGGACUCCGACACCGAAGGUGAUGCUGCGGAAUCCCCUCCAUCCCCUCCUUCCCGUACUCGCCGCCGUAAGCGAGCGGCCACUCCCGAUGAUGAAGCAGAGGAGACCCCUGCGCCGUCGCGCCGCCGGCGCCGUCGGAAGUCAGGGGAGCGUGGUGACUCUCCGCCGCCACUUCCGGACCACCUCCGCUGCCGUCGCAGCGAUGGGAAGAAGUGGCGCUGCUCGGGCCGUGCGCUCCCAACUGUUAGCUUCUGCGAGUACCACUACGCGAGGGCUAACAAGGGCAAGAAGCUACCAGCGGAUGGGGAGGUCCUAGCUGUUGCUCUUCAGAGGCAGAAGAACAAGAGGAAGGGCAGGAGGAGCAUCAAUCCGCCGAUGUCCCCUCAGGCAGCCACGACUGACCGCCAGACCAGGGAUCUCCCGAACGGACUGAUGACGAUCUCGCCAGGUAGCAGUGGACCUGCAGCACUGUCAAGUCCUGUUACUACAAAGGUUGGUGUAGAAAUUCCUGCACCUAUACAGCGGUGCUAUCGUUCCAAGAAUGCUGAGCCAUUGCCUGUUGGUCCUGUGAAGGUUGUUCCUCGUGCUAUGAGUAUGACAAAAGCAGCAGCAAGAACAUGUCACUGCUGCGGGAUAAAGAAGGGAGCGCGUGUUGCCAAUUGCAAGAACUGUGAUAAGAAUUUCUGUAACAGCUGCAUUAAUAAAUGGUAUUCUAAGUUGUCCAGGAAGGAUAUAAAGGCUCGUUGUCCAGCUUGCCGUGGUCUCUGCAAUUGUAAACAAUGCAGCCUUGGUCAUACCAAGGGUGCUACGCAUAAGGAACCGCCAAGUGGUGAAAGGAAGAUACUCAGCAUAAAAAUUUCCAACCAUCAAUUUUACAAGCUUUUACCUGUAAAACUUGACCAGGAGCAGCUUGAUGAGUUGGAAUUAGAAGCUAAAAUACAAGGAACAAAAAUAUCUAAUGUCCGCGUCCAGGUUGCUGAAAAUGGUCAGAAUGAGUCACUCUACUGUAAUAACUGUAAGUUCUCUGUGAGCCAAUUCUUGAGAUGCUGCCCAACAUGCCCUUUCAAGCUGUGCCUAAGUUGCUGUCAGAAGAUACGUGAAGGAAACAUGUCGGACAGCACACCCGAAGAUAAAUUCAAGAACCGGCUGCUUCAACAAGAGUCUGUUCAUGAGGAUGGCAGCAUUACUUGUCCUUCGAUUGAGCUGGGUGGCUGCGGUGACGCCAUGCUGAACCUGAUAUACGCAUCUCCAUGUAGCCAGUCUGAAGAGCUCAGUUCAGAUUGUGAGCUAGAUGCUGCAGGCAAUCAUUCUGGAGUGAAGGAUGCUCAGGUUCAUGGCUCACCUGUACCUGAGAGUAAUGGAAGAUUAUCGACAGCUGCCCAGACAGAAACAAUGUCCACAUAG